AAAUAACCGGAAGUACACGUUUUUUUCUACCACGAUUUGACGCCGCGGAUUCUCCCUCAGAUUUCAGCGGAAUUCUUCCAGCUAUUUUGAGGGGGAUUUGAACGUUCCGUGCCGAGGAAGACCCUGUGUAGUCCCGAGGCGUUUGAACAGUUUAUAAGCCGCUGGGUUUUUUUUCCUUUCCUUUCUGUCCGCGGACGUUACCUCGUAGCCCAGCGAGCUAGCUGCUCGUUCAGAGACGAUGCGUUUUGGCGAAGCGCCUUUCAUUCAUUGAUUUUUUUUUAGGGGGGCUAACGCGAGCUCCUUGGCGGAGGUUCACGUUCACCUGGCCGGUGGUUUUGGGGGCGAUCGGUGAUCGCGAAGGUGUGGGAUUUUUAAAUAUUUUUUUAAUCUAUUGGAACUGGGGAGACCUUGUGUGAUUCGGUUAGCUAGAGGCAACGUCUACUUCCGAUCCCAGCUAUCAUGGAUUACGAGGACAAAGCGAGGACGGUGGCCGACUGCUUGAUGAGCUACAAGAAGGACGAGUCCGGCUGGAAAGUCUGCAAGAAAUCGAAUGACGUGUUGGUGUCGUGGCGCCCCUCAUCAGAGUUCCCCGGGAAUGUUUAUAAGGGGGAGGGGAUUGUCAGCGGCUGCCAGGAGAAAGUGUGGGAAUGUCUGAAACCGGUACCCAACGGGCUCAGAGUCAAAUGGGACAACAACGUCAAAAGGUUUGAGCUUCUGGAGCAAAUCACAGAGGACACCUCAAUCUGCCGAACGGUCACGCCCUCAGCAGCUAUGGGUAUCAUAGCUCCACGAGACUUUGUAGAUGUUAUUUUGAUUAAGAAAUAUGAAGACGGCAUCAUUUCAUCAACUGCCACCAAUGUGACUCACCCGAGCUGUCCACCCCAGUCUGGCUAUGUAAGAGGAUUCAACCAUCGGUGUGGUUGCAUCUGUGUCCCCAUUUCAGGAGAGCCCAACAAAACCCAGGUGUUCAGUUUCUUCCAGACCGACCUUGGUGGCCUCCUCCCUCGCUCCGUGGUGGACUCCUUCUUCCCAUCCAGCAUGACUGAGUUCUAUAACAACCUGGCCAAGGCUGUGAAAUCCCUCAAGGACCUUUGACACCAAGAGUUAAGAGAGCUACCCUCACAACCCGAGGCCCACCGACUGGUCGGGCCCAAUGUCCAUUCAAGUUGAAACCUCCCAAACUCUACAGCAGCCAGCACACUGAGGUCACUGAGUCCCAACAGAUAUAACCCACUGUGCUGUGCUUUCAUGUACCUUCCUAUGUUCCUGUGUUACUGCAGGAGGAAUCCGCCACAUCUUCAACAGUCCAAACCCUCUUUUUUUGAAAGCAGUUUAUACACUAAUAGUAUGUACUAUUACACACUGAAAAUGGCAAAAAUAACGAGGGCUUCCAUUUGACAAAACGAUUCCCUUUACAUUCCUAUAUGGGGGAUUAAUUUCUUUAAUAGCUGUUAAAACCUACAUUGGUACAUGUGCUGAAGGUGCAGUGAACAUGCAUGUUGCAUGGACCUUAUUUACCCCGUGCUGGCGUGCGAUUGUCAGUCUGCCUCAUACCUCAUAUGUGUAUGUGUACUUGAAAUAGUCCUAGUUUUUUGCUCACCGCCACUCACCUACUGUAUAAACCAGCCGCCUCAUUUCUCAGCUGAAGCACAGGUGAGUUGCGUCUGUGGCCUUUCAAAAGAAGGCCUUGAGAAUUGUUGAUGCUAAAUGCUGCUCUAAUGGGCAGAAACAGUCUUUACCUUUAUCACGGGGUUGGUUUCUGUUUUACAUUUCCCCUUUCUUUUUCCACCAUAUAAAGUCCUCAUGCAGUUUUUCUUCAAAGUCUCGGUAUAUCUGAGCCCGACCGAGGUCAAAUCUGAGUUAACAGAUGACUGGAUCGAUUGAUCGAUCGAGCAAUCAGUCAAGAUAAACCUUUGGUGGUGAAACACCAUGACUCAGGAUGGAAAAGGAUCUAACGGCACUAACGGUUUAUACGUUCAAGACAUCAGACUGUUUUCAGUAGCUGGUACUGUGCUGAAAAGAAACCUUUCAUUUAAUGAAUUUUAAUGAAUGAUUUUUUGUCUUUGUGUUUUCUGUAGGCAGUUAAAAAAAUGGUAACAGAGUGAAACAACUGUAUAUUUAUAUUGUCAGGUGCAUUUUUAAUGUAAGUUCUAAUGUUCCUUUCAUGACAAAAAGUGCUCACAUUACUGCUUUGUACACACAAAAGUCAAGUCCACUAAAUAGCGAUUUGUUCCGGUUGCCAGGUUUCAAUUCAGUUCCAAGUUGGUAAAUACAAACUCCUGAUCGAAUCUUCUUAUCGAGUCAGCUUAGUCAGACGACCGAACAAGUAAAAACCAGUGACUGAAAAAGCAGACAAUGAACACUCAACUGCUAACCAGCCAUCAUUUUCCUGUUCCAAAGCACAUCUGUAGCAUUUCUUGUAAUAUGUAAGUAAUUGUGGCAUCGCUGAUAAUUGAAGGAUGAGCGCACUGAAUCAGUCCACUGCCAGUGUGGGGCAGUCUGUGAACUGUGGCAGUGUAACCACAAUUUCCCACACGUUCAAUGCAGAAAAGUCGGUUAUUACAUCAGCUGAUAUUUGUAGAAUUGACAUUAUUUUCGACCUGAUGUUUUCAUGGAAAAGAAUCGUAAUUGUCCUCCAAGACGGGGUUAAUAAAAAGCACAGAUAUGACACACUGUAUGUGGUUCUAAACCAUUUUAGGUACUGUAGUGUCUCUAUGGUUUAGCUACAGUAUGAGACGGAGACAAAAAAGAAAUCAACUGAAACAUUAUACAAAAGAUUCUCUGACGAUAACUGACAUUAAAUCCUUUAAUUUUUAAUGCCGUUGCUAGAUGACAAAAAAAAUCUAGUCACCCUUUAUUAAGUUAACAAACAAAUUAAUGCUACUUCACUAUGUCAUCUCACAUUCGCAGCUCCAGCGGAUUGUUUCUCUAUUGCUACCUCACUGUUUACACGUUGCAGGUAAUGAGAGUUUUCUGUAUGGGGAAAAAGAAAUGGGAAAUUAACUUGAAAUGGGUAAUGACACAUGUACAAUCAUGAUAAUAAUAAUCAUGACCAUUGGCUUUAUUUAUAUCAUUUGGUCUUUUAACACAAAGGCUCAUUUUCAGGUGAGGCAGACGGGGAGAGACUUAUGUACCUGCACUCAAAACAUCGAAGCUCACAAGAAAAGAAUCAAAUCAUGUUUGUAUUUAUUACUUAAACAAAAUAUAAGUUGCUGUUGUAAAGAAAAAAAAAAGACUAAUGUUUGAAUAUUUACAUAAAUAUUAAGAAAUGUAAGUUUUUCAACAACUGCCAGAAUCCUUCAGGUAUUCCAAGGAAAACCUGGUCACACAAAUGUUUUGUACUGUAUCAUAUUUAAACCUCCACACACUGAGACUCAACUGUUGCAGAGGUUACUUCUUUGUGGUUUGAAAGACGCCUUCCCUUCACUCCCUGUUCCUUUAUGCUUCCUCAGUGAUAACUUGUGGGCUUUCUCACUUAAGUAAAUCGUUUCAAUUUAUUGCUUGAACAUAUAACGAUAACAGCACUUUAUUAGGGAAAUGCCUCAGUAUGAAAUGAGUGUGUCGGAGGGUGAAGGGGAGCAUCUGAGUCGGGGGAAGUUUGGAUUUGUGCGGUGAUCUGCCCUCUUUCUCCAGAACCCUCGUGUGUGCGAGAAGCGUUUUAGCUAGGGUGGUUUUAUCAUCGAGUCCUUGAAAAAAAAUGUUUUGUCUGCUUUACCUGUCCGCCUACGCUAUCCUUUCACCUUGCAGUGUAGCCAGUAAUGUUGAUGAAAGACCUCAUAAUUGUAUUUCCACCAUUUCCAAAUCAGUGCGUGCCUGAGAUCGGUGCUUGCAUGUGGAUCUAAAGACAUUUUCCUGUGUAUCUUCAUUGUCUAAAUCGAGCAAACGUUUUUAUCUUUUUUAUUUUAAUGUGAAAUUGUCUGUGUAAAAAAGAGGUGGCUGCUAAAGUAGAAGAAACACCAAAUUACAGGGAGAAUGCAAAGGGAAGGGCAAUGAGAAGUGCAUAUUCCUGCCGUUCAGAGUGAAUCAAGACUGAAUCACAUGUCUGGUUAAUGGCAUCUGAUGAGAUAGAGAGGGAAUCCUAAUGUUCUCCUCGGAAGAGUUGGCGUGCGUUAGUGAACACAGUCCGGCACAGUGUAGCUCAGGUGAAGAGAAGUGACGUGGGAUUCUGAUGAGUGACGGCUACAAGCGAGGAAGAGCGAUGCGACUCGCAGCAAUAGCUGUGUCUCAAUUCAGGAGGCCGGUCCUUCGAAGGCUGCAUUUGAAUACCAAUUCCGUCUAGACUGUCCCAGUUCGACCAUGGCCAAGCAAUGAGUUGUGCUGUGGCUCGGGUGGUAGAGAAGUCGUCCACAAACCGGAAGGUCGUUGGUUUGUCGACAGUUGACCCUAAAUAGCCUCUGAUGGCUGCGGUAAACAGCAGCGCUGUGUGAAUGUGACUUGUAGUGUGAAGCGCUUUGAGUGGUCGAUAACACUAGAACGGUUCCAUAUAAAUACAGGCCAUUUACCAUUUACAUUUCUCGGCCAACAAAGACUCCAACAGGUUGAUUCUUCAUCGUCUAACCUGUCCCAAAAGGAAUUGUGCCAGAGACAAAUCACUCUGGUACCACUUAAAAAAAAGAAAGAAAGAGACAAUGUGGUUGACUGAAUUAAGAUCAAUUGUGUGUCGAUGAUGAAUCACUACUUGGUGCAGUCCACAAAUGAAACUGGGGCCUGAAGAGAUCCUCUGUAGUCCCAAACCUUUGUAGGUCGCAUCCUUCUGAAAGAGACGGCCCCUGAAUUGAGACAGAUUAUAACUCACAAUCUGUUUGAUCUGUACAAUAUUCAGUCACGUACGUAGUUAGGCAAAUAUUAUUUAAUGAGUGGGGCUCGUCUCUUAUGUUUUUGAUAGGCAUGUUAAUAUGGGGCCAAACCUGACAGAUAUCAUUUGCACCUCACCGUGGCCCGUCCUUGCGUUUACACAUGCAAUGGCCGGUUUUUUCCUGAUCCACAUUUUAUAAGCCAGAUACAAUUCACAUAAAUAGUAGAUUUGAUAUUGAGUCUUUGUCCAGCUUCAAGAAAACGUCUGCUGGGACUUCUCUGUUCUCUUCUCAUCUUUACGGUAUUACAAGUAUUAGGGCCAGGCAUAAGAAGAAGAAAAAAAUGAGAGGAGGAAGAUUUUUUUUUUUACCUUUUGCAUUUCGAGAAUAAAGUCGAAAUGUCGAGACUAAAGUUGAAAUACUACGAGAAUAAAGUCUUUCCACUCUAUUGUUAACAUUUUGUCUUUCCUUCUCGAAGUUGUAUUUCAACUUUAUCCUGGACAAUUCAACUUUAUUCUCUGAAUGUUAAAUCAUUUUCCCCCUUAUGCCUGGCCCUAAUACUCUUCCGUACUUCUUACUUGGAGCAUCACCAGCAGCUUUUUUUCUCACGAGAUUUGUGCUCAUUCUUAAACAUAUUUCUAUCCACCCUCACACACAGGAACCUGUUCUCUAUAAACUGAACUUUGCGAUGUCGUGCGACAAUGGGAGACAACUUUUUAUUUUCUGGGAAUGUGUGUUUUGCUUUUAAAAUGAUCCAAUCUAAUAAGAAAAUAAUUUUAACAUUUUCAUAUAUCUGACAUUAGACGUCGGUUCAGAUCCUGAACUCGCACAGGAGCAGUGCAGCCUGUGAUUCAGUAUUGAUUUAUGUUCGCGCCGACUCCAGUGACUGAACUUUGACCAACUGGCAUCUCGUCGAUCCAGACGGACACGGUUGUCAAAGAACAUGUCAUCUGUGGCAGAACCAGCCCUUGUUAUUAGACUGUGACCGUCAUGGACCGUUUGACCACCGCAGACCAAAUACCCAGAGUUAAGUUUUGGAUUUAUAGUUUUGGAUUCAGACACUCAACCAAAGGUUGUUGUUUUUUUGGGAAUAUUGUCUUGGCAGUUUAAAGUCCAAAAAACAGUACAGGCAUUUCUUGUGUCUUUUCACACUAGUUGCAGGUUGUCCUGAGUACACAUUUUCCUCGAGGGGGGUAAUAUACUGACCCAACACAAGAGAACAUGUAAAAUGAUUUGUGUCAGACGUGUAUAAUUUACUCCUGUAACUGAGAACAACUGCUGCUACUAGUUCAUUGUCUGUACAUGCAGCUGUUUUACCUUGUACUGUUCUGUACCCAUUAAAAUUUUGUAAUUCAACCAAUAUUAAAAAAAAUAAUCAAUA